AUGCCUCCUCCCCCUCCACCCCCUCCGCCGCCGCCGCCUGGAGGACUUGGUGGCCCUCCCCCACCACCUCCUGCAGCUUUACCGACCAGGCCAUCGAAAGGCGAAGUAAAAGGCAGAGGCGCUCUACUAUCUGAUAUUCACAAAGGCACUCGAUUGAAGAAAGCCACCACCAAUGACCGAUCAGCGCCUAUUAUUGGAAAUACUGGAGGCGGCUCAGCUGCGCCGCCCAUGGGAGCUGCACCUCCAGUUCCAGGCAUAAGACCCCCUCCCACAGGACUUGCACCCCCGGUCCCGUCUGGACCGGCCGCCAAUAGAUUACGAAGCAACAGUGAAGGAGUAUCUGGCUCGGAUGCAGCGGCCAGUGCUGCAGCGCCACAAUUAGGUGGUCUCUUUGCGGGCGGGAUGCCCAAGCUGCGCAGUCGCGGCGGUGUCAACACGGGUGCCAACCGGUCAGACUCUCCAUAUUUAUCUGACUCUGAAGCGUCCCGCCCGGCGCCUGCUGCAGCACCUCCGAAACCUCCAGGAGCUCCUAGGCUGCCUGGUGCACGACCACCACCACCUCCAUCUACAGAGUCGUCACCUGCGCCACCUAUAAACCCUUUAGUCGCAAGCUUGAAGAAAGUCCCCCCUCGACCUGGUGCCAGGCCAUCCUCUACUAUCUCUUCAGCAAGUGCUCCCGAGAUCCCUCCUCCACGUGCUCCUCCGCCACCUCCUGGUGUAGGCCGGGCACCACCACCUCCGGUGUCUAGAAAACCAUCUGCACCCCCUCCACCUCCCCCUGCAGCUAGCCCAGCGGCACCACCUCCUCCGCCUCCAACAACAACACGAGCUCCGCCUCCCCCUCCCGCUGCUCCUGGGCGGUCAUUUGCUCCUCCUCCUCCACCUGGAGCACCUCCAUCAAUCGCCGCCCAGGCCGCCCGCAGUGCUCUGGGACACCCACCACCGGCACCACCAGCUUCAGCCCCAGCAGCUCCCCCUCCACCUCCACCAGUUUCUCCUCCAAGCGCUCCUCCCCCGCCCCCUAGUGAGCCAUCGCCAUCACCAUUCCGUCCAUCGCCUGUCCCAUCCCCCGCACCAAUGAAUCCCAGUGCUUAUACUCUCACCAAUGGCGGCUCAUCCCAUGCACCAGCCCAGACUCCAUCUACCAAUGGCCACAUUAACAUCGUGGAUCCUCGCUUCAAGUUCCCCGGUGAUGCGAUGCUUCCGGCUCCUCGAAGGUUCACCAAGACCCUUCCUGUUAAGUAUCGUGCCGGAAAAAUUAGCAGCGUGCCGUACCAUCUUAAGUGA